UUCUUCUUUUUCACGGUUGAGGAACCGAAGCCUGGGCGAAUAAUCGACAUAGAAUUCUCAUACGGCUGUUGUUAUUCCUUUCUUAUCGAUUUAAAAGAAUGGGAUUCUCAGCCUUCUGCAGUUGUUCCUUUCUUUGGCUUUGUCUUUUCCGUUGUAAGCAUUGUAGGAAUUGAAGAUAACCCAAACCAUCAACUUCACCUCUUCUUCUUCUUUCCAUCUCUCUAGCUAGAACUUGGUGUUUUUGAGACUUCUGUAUUUUUGCUUUCCUUUCUUACCGAGGAAUACGAAAGAUCAGCGGCUAUGGACGUCAUCGGACCCAUCAUUGAAAUAGCGAAGAACCUAUGGGUGCCUCUUUCUCAACAAUGGAGCUACGCCAAAAGCAUUUCAGAGAAUGUAGAGACCCUGAGAAGGAAAAUGGAAGAACUAAGUCACCAAGAAAAAGAUGUGAAGACGGUAUUGAUUAAAGGCGAGUUACAAUCAGGAAAGACGCCCAAGAACGAGGUCCGAUUAUGGCAGGAAAAUGUACAAAGGGUAGAGAAUGAAGCGCGCGAUAUCGAAAAAAAAUCAAGAGAGAACCUGAGUUGCUUGAGAGGGUGUUUUCCAAAUUACCCUUCCCGUAUAACGCUGAGCAAGCUUGCAGUGGAGAAGAUUAAAAUAGUGGUGGAGCUUCAAGAGAAGGGCCGACUCUUUGGUGAUUUGUUUGUUGAUUCACCGCUAGAUAGUGGAAAGACUUUACCGACAACGGCAUUAGUUGGUAAAACGACACCAAAGAAAACAAGGGAGGCGAUUUGGGAAUGCUUGAUGGAAGAUCAAGUCAGAAUAAUUGGUGUCUACGGUAUGGGCGGGGUUGGUAAGACAACCAUCAUGAAACACAUAUACAAUCAACUCAUUGAAGACUCGGCUUUUGAUAGUGUCAUCUGGGUUACUGUAUCUAAAGAUUCAAACUUGGAGCAGCUUCAAAAGGGUGUCGCAAAGUCAUUGGAUUUGGAGUUCUCCGACAAUGCAGAUGAAAUGAGAAGAUCGCGGGAGUUAUUUGCAGCUUUGAAGCGGAGGAAAAGGUUCAUACUCAUAUUGGAUGAUAUGUGGGUUGCAUUUCCUCUAGAGGGGGUAGGGAUUCCAAAACCUGAUAUAGAAAAUGGCUGCAAGUUGGUAUUGACCACUCGGUCUUUAGAAAUUUGUCAAGGUAUGGAAACGCAAAGAGCAAUCAGGGUAGAACUUCUUUCUGAAGAGGAAGCAUGGGAAUUAUUCAAGGACAAAGUUGGAGGUGGUGUUGAUUUCUCUCCCCAAGUAGAAAAAAUAGCAAAGCUUGUCGCUAAAGAAUGCUGUCAAUUGCCUCUUGCAAUUAUCACUGUCGGUCGGAGUAUGAGAGAGGUGAACGAUAUUAGGCUUUGGAGAAACACACUGAAUGACUUGCAAAGUUCGGCGAUGGAGAUCAAAAGCAUGGAAGAAAAUGUGUUUGCAAGUCUAAAAUUCAGUUAUACUCGCCUAAGAAAUGACACAAUCCGAGCUUGUUUCUUGUAUUGUGCAUUGUAUCCAGAAGAUUUUGCAAUUCCCAGCAAGGAACUGAUAGAAUACUGGAUGGGGGAAGGGUUUAUCGAUGACGUCGGGAAUAGAGAAGCCCAAAUGGAUAAGGGGCAUGCUAUAUUGAAUGAAAUCACAUAUGCGUGUAUGCUGGAAGGUGUUUUUGAAGGAAUUUAUGGCGAAUGUGUUAAGAUGCAUGAUUUGGUUAGAGAUAUGGCCAUUGACAUCACAAGAGCGAGUCCUCGGUUUUUGGUCAAAGCCAGCGCCGGGUUAACAGAAAUGCCAAAAGUGGACGGAUGGAUGGAAGAUGUUCAAAGGAUAUCAUUGAUGAGAAACAACAUAGAGAUACUUUCAGGUCGACCCAACUGCCCUAGACUAUCUACCUUGUUAUUGCAAGAAAAUCGCCACUUGAAGUACAUCUCUCAUUCCUUUUUUGAGCAUAUGAACAGCCUCAGAGUUCUAGACCUGUCGUAUACGAAGAUUGAGGAGCUUCCACAGUCAGUUUCCAACUUGGGAAACCUCCACACACUCCUUUUGCAUUACUGUGUAAGGUUAAAGAAGUUGCCUUCACUUGCAAAUCUCAAGACAUUGAGAGUGUUGGACCUAUAUUAUGCCCCCAUUGAAGAAUUGCCGCAAGGGAUGGAAGGGUUGGUUAAACUCAAACGCCUUGAACUCUCUUGGACAUAUAACCUUUACAUGUUCCCAGCAGGGAUUGUAUCCAGGCUCUCGCUCCUAGAAGACCUAAUGAUGUAUGGGAACCCAUGGCGAUGGUCAUCAAACUCAACAGAGAUAGGUGGUAACAUUGAUGAAAUUAAGAGCUUGAACCAGUUAGCAAAUCUUAGCAUCCACAUUGCAGACGUGCCAAGCUUCCUAGACUAUGCUAGAUCUAUGAAGUGGCAAACAUUGAAAAGCUUCCAUCUCAUGGUUGGGCUCCCUUCAGAAUCUAUAUCACUUCCGUCAGAUUGUACCAUAGAAUUUCAUGGUUGUGAUCUCAUUUGCUAUGAGAACUCUCUCAUGGUCCCAAACAGCACUCGUGUCUUAGGCAUUAGUGAGUGCAAUAUCACUCGGUUGUCAGAAUUGUCAAGCUUAUUGAAUGUGACGGAGUUUAAAGAAUGUUACAUCCAUAAAUGUGAAGGGAUGGAGUGCAUUUUAAUGGAUGAUGAGAACACCUUCCCAAGCUUAGAGACGUUAGAUCUUAAGCUUCUGCCCAGUUUAAGUUCUCUCUACAAGGGCGUCAUGCCAUAUGGCACCCUUGGAAGCCUGAAGAACUUGUACAUUGGCUUUUGUAAUAACUUGAAGAAUCUGCUCUCCCUUGAAUUGCUACAGCACCUUCAAAACCUUGAACAAGUUAAAAUCCGCUACUGUGAUCUGAUGGAGGAGGUAGUAGAGGAAGAAGGAGAGAUCCUUGAAGACAUGACCGAUGCCAGCUCUACCAUAAUACUCCCAAGGUUGAAGAGUUUGAGCGUAAGUGGGUUACAAGAAUUGAAGAGCAUUUGUGGGAGGACCAUCAUAUGUGAUUCUCUAUGCACUAUCAGAGUUCGUAGAUGUCCGAAGCUGAAGAAGCUCCCUCUCUCAAUUAAUAAUAUCCCACUCACUCUUAAAGAGAUCAAAGGAGAGAAGGAAUGGUGGGAUGCACUGGAGUGGGACAAGGCAAAUGUCAAGACAUUCUUCCAACACCUAUUUAUAGAAAUAGGACAGUGAAAUUGCAAAUGAAAGAAGAAGACAAGCCACUUUACUCUCUGAUUCAAUUAUCUAUUACAAGGUUUUCCUUCUGAUCGUUGUUUUGGACACUACUUCUUGAGCUGGAACAGAAGUGGAAGAUAAGCAUUGUAGCACAGCUCACAUCGAGGAAAAAUUGUUCUUGACCGUUGAUCAUCAGGCAGCUUGCAAUAAUUUGCAUCAGAGGCCCAAAUUGUUGGCCCAUCAUUCACGGAUCCUAGAUGAAGACUCCCUCUAGGUGAGUGACUCCUAACCCGGCAUCGUUUCCUUGUAGAGAUGACUCCUAAUUUUUAGUUGGGUAUUAUUGGUGUCACUUAUCUUGAGGCCCAAUUUUUGGUAUGAAACGAUGUUAGAAUAACAUAAAAUUGGUCUAAUGUGAAAGUUUAUUGACUUGGCUUUCCAACGAACCCAAAAUCAUGAAAUUUUGAUAUCACUGGGUGAGUUAUUUACUUAUAACUGAUGUUCUAAAGGCUUGUGUGGCUGUGACGAGAUCAAGUGGUACUUUGGUUUUUAUUUAUUUAUUAUUAAAAUAGAUGGGUAGGAUUGAAAGCAAUGGAUGGCUAGGAUAAUAUAGGGUUUCUUUUAUUUUGGGAAAUAUGUGUAGAGAGAUGAAUUUCCAUAAUAUUAGUUGAACGUUGAUUUCUUUUCUGUAAGAUUAAUUUUAUCUCAGUUGAUUUCCUGUCCAUGUGCUGAAGGAAUUCAACAGAUCCUCGCUAAGCUGCUCGCAGACCAUUUGUAUUUGGGUUGCAUGUAGAUCCUCGCAGAGCUGCUCGCAGAUCGGCACAUAACCAAGCCUUGCCUACCCUUCGCUAAGUCACUCUUAGGACAACAGGGUUGUGUAUCCCAUUCAUGUUACAGCUUCCGCCAUUGUGAAUGGCACAGCCACAUGCUCCAAGUAGUCAACAUAUCACCUUUGUGCAGCUUACUACACCUAAUUUUGUUGAUGCAUUGUGGUUCUGACUAAACGAAGUUCUCAUUAUACAAAAAAGAUCAUUAACGUUGAGUUUGUGUAUGUUGUCAGUUCAGAUGAUUCAUUUAUACAGUUUGCACAGCAAGUGUUUUUUAUUAAUUUAUUUUUACUUGUUUA